CUGGGGGUCAUGUCCCUGGUCCGGUUCACUAUGGGAUCCAUCCGGACGAGUACCCUCCUCACUGCUCGACGACUCGCGGAGCAUAGUCUGGACACGGUGGAAGAAGGCCCGUCCAAGAACUCGGCGGGGGCACGGCGAGACGUGGAGAACUAUCAGGGGCGAGAUGUGCGAAGGGCAGACGUCGUAGCGGGAGAGGGGGAAGAAGGUGUGAUGGUGCUUUGCUAUGGUGGAUGGGUGAAGGAGGUGAAGGUGGAAGAAGGUGCGAAGACGCUUGGCUAUGGUGGAUGGGUGAAGGAAGCGGAGGUGGAAAAUGGUGUGAAGGUGAUUGGCUAUGGUGGAUGGGUGAAGGAGGUGGAGGUGGAAGAAGGUGUGAAGGUACUCGGCUAUGGUGGAUGGGUGAAGGAGGCAGAGGUGAACGAAGGUGUAAAGGUGCUUGGCUAUGGUGGAUGGGUGAAGGAGGUGGAGGUGGAAAAAGGUGUGAAGGUGCUUGGCUAUGGCAGAUGGGUGAAGGAGGUGGAGGUGGAAGAAGGUGUGAAGGUACUAGGUUAUGGUGGACCCCAGGCUUCUACCCCCUACCUACUUGCAUGACCUUGGCAUCCGAACCAUCAGAAAAACUUGCAAAAUUCAGAUU